GAAAAUGUACAUUUUUCUCUUUCACCUAUUCCUCGAUCCAGUCCACUCAAUCGUUCUCAAUUACCAUCUCAUUCAUUGCCUUUUGACUGUCCAUCUGAUGAUGAACAACAUCACAAGCAAAACAUUAGUACUACGACUCGAUCAGGUAAAAUGAAGAAGGAUGCCGUCCUAUCUCACUUUACUCUUCGAUCUGACGGUAAAUACAACUGCAAUACUUGUCAUCAGGUAAUUUCUAUCUUCUCCUUAAAAAUAACGUAGGAAGAUACUUUCAAUAGCCGUUAGCAAGAACGGAAAUUAAAUAGAGAACAACUCUGUUGUUCAAUGCAGUAGUUUUAUCUAAAGAAAAAAUAAUGACUUCGACUAAAAAAGUAUAUUUUGUCAUUUCGAAUAAAAUUAUUUCGAUAAACUGAGUCUUUUCGAAAAAUCAAGUCAAAAACGUUCAGAAGAGUACGCGUCUAUUCAAAUAAACAAAUAUUAAACAUAUAUUGAUAACAGUUUCGCUUGCUUUUCCUUGUCUCUUUUGUUUCGACUAUUAUUUCAAUUGAAUAUUUCAUCAUUUGUUUUUUACUUUGAUAGGUAUAUGUGGCAAACAAUGGAUCAGCAACUAAUCUACGUCGUCAUCUAUUCGCAAAGCAUGAUAUUACAGCUGCUGUUUAUGAUUCACAAUUAGCUCAAAUAAAACCAAAACCUGCUCCAAAAAAUGAUACUACAACAACUCUCUCAAAAACUCGUACAAAAGAACUGGAUAAAGCAAUUGUCGAUUGUAUUAUUGAUGAUUCAUUACCAUUUACUACAUUUAUGAAAUCCGGCAUGGUCAAUUUACUUAAAACAUUCGAUUCUCGAUAUGAACCACCUAGUCGAUUCACCAUUGCUUCUAGAGUAGGCGAUGCCUACCAUGAAUAUAUCGAUCAAGUACAAUCUAUAUUGAAACGUGUACCAGCUGUUGCUUUUACUGCAGACAUCUGGAAGAGUGGUGCCAGAAAAUAUUACAUUUCUUUAACUGCUCAUAUGUUUGAUGAAGAAUUUACAGUUGUACCACUCGUGUUAUCUCUACGACAACUUACUGAACGUCAUCUCGCCGUCAAUAUUCAAUCGUUUCUUAUGUUUGAACUUGAUGAAAAAUUUCAAAUUAGGCCUGAACAACGAGCUGGAAUAACAACCGAUUGUGCAAGUGAAAUGGUUGCAGCAACAUCACAUGGUUUAUUCGGUCCAAGACACGCUUGUAUAGCACACGUGUGGAACAAUGUUGUCAUAAAUGGUCUUUCCUUAUGGUCACCACCAAAUGUUGAAAAGUAA